UCAUUGUAGGAGUGGAUGAAGGAACAACUCUGGAAAGUUCAGCGACUGUAGGCAAAGAGUUGAAGUCAGUGGCAGCAGGCUUUCUGUGAGAACAUGUCAGCGUGUUUGUCUUUAUUUGACGGUCAAGAGUCUUUGCUUCCAUGAUGAAGACCUCCGCGCUGUUGGUGAUUUUAUGAUGGCUAAACUCAAAACUUAACUUAGGAAACUUUGAGCCUGGAGCUGCGACUUUCGCCACUUUCCCUGUCAUUGCUAUAGAAACAACAUGGCAAACAGUAAUUCUCUCGUGAUAAGGGCAUUUGCUUUAAGUUUAUUUUUUGUAGUAUCCAAGUGUUUGUUGUCUAUACCGCUCAAAAUCUACACAGGGAAGUAUAACUUAUCCUCGGCUGUGGAUUUGACUCCUCUGCGACAAGUCCUCUUAAUGUCUGAUGGAAACGGCCUCUCUUUGGCCUCAGAUCCAACCGGGACCGUGAACUUUCUGGACAUGGUCAAUAACCUGCAAGGAGACUCUGGAAGAGGCUACUACAUAGAGAUGUCCCUUGGUACUCCUAGUCAAAAGUUGAACAUCCUGGUUGAUACAGGCAGCAGUAACUUUGCUGUGGCAGCCUCUGCACACCCAUUCAUUACUCACUACUUCAACACUGCACUUUCCACUACAUACGAGUCAACUGGACGGACUGUGGCUGUCCGGUAUACCCAGGGUAACUGGGAAGGUGAACUUGGCAUUGACAAAGUCUCCAUCCCCAAAGGCCCUAAUGGAACCAUCAUCAUCAACAUAGCUGCCAUCCUCACAUCUGAUGGCUUUUUCCUUCCUGGGGUCAACUGGCAGGGCAUCCUUGGACUGGCCUAUCCCAUGCUGGCACGGCCUGACUCGUCCGUGGAACCUUUUUUCAACUCUGUGGUGAAACAGCUGGGAAUUCCUGACAUCUUUUCGCUCCAGAUGUGUGGCGGUGGACUGUCAGCCAGCAGCACAGCAGACUUGGCAGGAGGCAGUCUUAUCAUGGGAGGGGCUGAACCAGCUUUGUACUUUGGGCCAGUGUGGUACACUCCUAUAGUUGAGGAGUGGUAUUACCAGGUUGAGGUUUUGAAGCUGGAAGUUGGCGACCAGAAUCUGGACUUGGACUGCAGGGAGUAUAACAUGGAUAAAGCUAUAGUUGACAGUGGGACGACACUGCUGCGUCUUCCUGUCAAUGUCUUCAAUGCUGUGGUGGCAGCCAUCACCCGCAGCUCUCUGAUCCAGGAGUUUUCUUUAGGGUUCUGGGAGGGCUCAAAGCUUGCCUGCUGGAUAAAAGGAGAGACCCCCUGGAGAUUUUUUCCAAAGCUAUCCAUCUACCUAAGGGCAACAAACACAAGCCAGUCCUUUCGCAUCACUAUCCUGCCACAGCUAUACAUUCAAUCAAUCACAGACGUGGACGGCACUUUAGAUUGCUACCGUUUUGGCGUGUCUUCCUCCUCUAAUGGCCUGGUCAUAGGUGCGACUGUUAUGGAAGGCUUCUACGUGGUUUUUGACCGCACCAAGCGGAGACUGGGCUUUGCGCUGAGCAGCUGUGCAGUGAAUGGGGGGGUGGCUCUGUCUGAGAUCGCAGGGCCCUUCUCAGCUGCAGACGUGGCAGCCAAUUGCUCUAGCGGACCACUGAAGGAGCCUCUUCUCUGGGUGAUCUCCUAUGCCCUAAUGGCAGUCUGCGCCUUUGUCCUCAUCAUCCUGCUGCUUCUUUUAGUCCUGCCCUGCCGACGCAGACACCACUCAGGGGAGAUAACGGACGAGUCCUCACUGGUCCGCCAUCGUAUCAAGUGACUGAGAGGAAAGGGACAGGCAGAUAGGGUGAACAGAGUGCAGAACCCAUCCACAGCAGUGGAGAAAGGUGCUGGGCUUGGGCUGCAGCAAACAGUCACACUCGGUUCUGAAUGCCUGACAGAGCUUAGACUGAACUCAUCAGGUUUCCCCAUGGAGGUAGAAACAGACAGAUCAAUGGCCUCUUGAAGGGAAAUCCACCCUAAAACCACCUCCUAAAGUCAGAUGUUGCAGUAAUGUAUUUACUAUGUCAAUGUAUCUUGUUGCAUAUCUUUCUUGUUCUGUAAUUCUGUUCACUGAUAACUGGUUAUAUUUUACUCACUGGUGCAUUUUCGAACAACAUUUCUAAAAGGCAUAUAGCCUCUAAAAUGUGCCUUUACAGUUGAUAAUCUUCCACCAACUGGUCUUUUUUUUUAAAGAUCUAAUUUAUUCCUGUGAUUAGUAAAGACAUGUAUUUAGUGCCAUACUGUAUUGCAGAGUCAACCCUCACAUCUCAUAUGCAGUUUAAUGAUUGCCUGUGUGUGCUAAAGUCAAGAGGAAAUCUGCCCAAUCAAUCAGUCAAAAUUGGAAGACCAUCACUGGAAGUGAGAAACGGGUUUACAGCCCUGAUUGUGCCUCUAAGUCUCAGCUGACUACCAAGACAAAAUGAUACACUGAACCAGUAGUAUGAGGUUUACUCUGUUGAAUUGCACUUUGUUUUUAAAGUCAAUCAAAAGUGUAAUAUGAAUCUAAAGAUCAAAAAUUCUGAAUCUGUUAUGAAAUGUGUUGUGCUUAUGUAAUUUUGCUAAUCCUAUAUACAACUAACUUUAUAUUUAAUUCUCAUGGAAAGUGAUUGUAUUAUUAUUGCAAAUCUUUGUUUUUUAGCCACUAGACUUUGAAUGAUACAUAUUCAUACUGUUCACUGUAUAAGGAUUAUUGAAACACAUGGCUCGUUAGCAAAGCUGACUGAUACAUUAGCACUGGGAAGUUAGUCUCUUUACACACUGUCAGCUAAAGUCAAUAACACAGCACAUAAAACCUGUUCCACUGCUGACACUGUGCUGCUCAGUGGAAGACUGUCAGUCCAAUGAGUCACUGUCUGCCAAAAAUUUAAAGUUGUAAAAAUUGAAGGUACACUUGAAUCGUUCUAUGUUUACUUAUUUCAAAGUGUAGUUUUUGUGCCAAAAAUGUCCUUGUAUUAUAAACAAAGAAGUUGUGACCAAAUCGUAGAUGUAAAUCAUAUUAAAUUAAUAAAUAUUUUUUUUGUGAAGGGUUA